AUGCAAGAAAUACUCUGUCGAACAAUACGAUCAAAAGCUCGAAUUGAGCUAAUAUCAAAUGAAAUUGAGAGCAAACUUGUUUCGAAAAUUAAGAAUCCAUGUUUCGCUUUAUAUGAUGAGUCGAUAGAGGUUCCUAAUUGCAACGCCGACAACAUCAUUAAAGAGGAAUUAUUGAUUUUGCGUGGCUGGAAACAACGUCAGAAGGUAUCGACGUUAUGA